AUGUGUGAGGUGCUUCGCCUUAAAUAUGAAAGAGCCCACCUGGCCUACCUUCUCAGCGUGCACAAUGUCAGGGAUGCUGAAGCAGGGCUUUAUGGCCAGAAGACUAUCACUGGGGCACUGAGGAAGGAUGACACACCAGCACCGUUUGGGGGUUAUGAAGAUACUUAUGGGUGGCAUGUGGUGUCUGUGACAGCACAUUAUCUGGUAGAGUGCCUUCUUCAAGAAUAUCAGCGACAGGGAGCAAAUCUCACUCAGCUCCCACAAGGCACUUUUGGACAGGUGUUCAGGUCAGAUCAUACACGAAAAGUUGCUCGAAAAGUGACCCUCUCAUCUGGCACAAUGUCAUUUUAUGCUGUUAUGAAUGAGAACUGGAUGAUCCUGUCCUGGGUGAUGCUGCAGUCUGAGAGUGAGCAGUCUCUGGAGUCAAUGUACUGUGGGCUGGCCAAUCGGCACAGUGCUGCUGGCAUUCCCAAAGCCAAGUACCAGUGGGUGGACAGGGACUGCUGUGCCGCUUUCAGAGUGAUGGACCCAGCACCUCAUGAGCACCAACAGUGGGAAGCCUGGAGGACCACAGAUGCUAUAGUGGCAGAGGUUACAUCAGGAAACCUCAGUAAUUUAAGUGCCUCUUGCUGGAAAUACAAUGAGGGAAUGGAUGUUAAACUGGACUUGAUUCACUGUAUGCGGCGAUUUACGAGGGAGCGUGUGUCAGAGCACCAUCCUUUGUAUAGCUCCUUCUGCCAGUUCCUCUCUUCUGCCUUCUCUGUAGUGGAUCAGAGUGAUCUGGAGGAAGUGAAAAAAGCAUACAGAUUCUGUGGUAUUGAACCUGCUAAUCCCACCAAGCAGCACAUCAGAGAGCACUGCAGGACAAAAGUACCUCAUCCCAGAGAGCUGGUCCAAAGAGUGCAAGACGUCCUUAAACAUUUCCAUCUUGCAAAGGAUCCCAACAACAUCAGCGGCUGGUGGACCUGA